AUGUCUGCCCCUCAGAGCGAAGCCUUCAAGCAGGCUGUCUCCGACAGCAAGAAGCUUACCUCCAAGCCCGGCAACGACGAGCUUCUCGAGCUCUACGGCCUGUACAAGGUCAGCACUGGCGAGGACAUCUCCAGCGCCCCCAAGCCUGGCAUGUUCGACCUCAAGGGCAAGGCGAAGCAGAGCGCGUGGCAGAAGGUCGUCGACGACAACCUCACCCCUGAGCAGGCCCAGGAAAAGUACGUCGCCCUCGUCAACUCUCUCAAGGAGAAGUACGGCUACGACGCCAACAAGGAGCCCGAGGCCGUCGGCGCGUAA